GAAAUAUCAACAAAAGAUGCAAAACAUAACAAUAGAGAGGUAUCGUAACAUACAAAGAAUGCAAAAAGUACAAAGAUUCCAAUAUGAAAAUGAAAGUUUAAAGUAUGAUAUUGAGAACAGUGUUAAUCUGAAUGACCUUAUUAAAUAAGAAGUAAUUAUUUAAUUUAUAUGCUUAGCAAAAUAAAAUCAAAUGCUUUACUAUUGGCGAAUUAUUUAUUAUUACAAACAAAAUAGUAGAUUAAUUGUUAAAGGUUUAUCAAAUAUCGAAAUUAGCAAAACUUGAAAUGGAUUCAAUCUAUGUAAAUAUUGAAAAUAAUGAAAUAACUUUUACUAAUGUACAUAUUAACAAAGAUUUGGUUUCUUAUGAAGACAAUCUAAACCAAAUAAUUGAAAUUUCUUAUUAAAUUUUUUUAAAACAUUAAGAGUUUUUGAAAAGCUUAAUUAAUGAAAAUAAUACUGUAGAUUUAAGCAAGAGAAUAUAAUACAUAACUGAAUUUUCAAAUUAGGUGCUUGGUAUUUUGAAAACAGCUAACUAUCAUAUGGAAUUAAACUAGUUUGUAUAAAAAAACAUCAAAGACAAACAACUCAUCCACGACAAUUUUAAGGAUGUUAUUGAAAUAGAUUAAUAUAUCGCAUAACCUCAAGCCUUUAAAAAAGUUGAGAUACCCUACCCUUAAUUUUAAAGGAAUCCAUAAAUUUAAUAAGAAGUUCCAUUAGUUGAUAAUAAAAAAAAAAAAGAAGGACCAAGAGAAUAAUUUUAAUAAUAAUAAAAUGAAUAUUAAUAUUAAUAUUAACAAUAAUAGUAGUAGGAAAAAGAAUAGCUGUAACCUUAAUAGUUCCAAGACGUUUAAGAAUAUGAAUACAAAUAAUAAUUAUAUGCAUUAUCUUAAUAUAUAACUACUUAAGAAUCAAUUGAUUAGUAGGGAGAUGAAGGAUUUCAAUAAAGUUUAGGUUAAUCCACCAUUAGUCCUCAAUUGUAUACUUUUAUAGAGGGAUAAUUAAAAAGUUUGAAUUUGGGGGGAGAACUUUACGAAUACAUGCUUAAAUUUUUUAUACAAAAUUUCAAAAAUUCAUCACAAAAUCAAAUUAUAGCAAAAAUAGAUCAAUUAGCCCGCUGCUAUAAUUAUCCAAAACAUUAAAAUGAAUAGUUUCCAUAAGAACUUCUUCUACAGUGGUAAAAUACAAUUACUGAUGAAUUUAUUACAAGCAAAUCUAUUGAUCUGAAUUAAGAUAUUGAGGUGUUUUUAUAAAAAUUGAGUACCCUAUUUACAAAGAUAUUUGAAUCACAAUAGUAUUGAGAUAUAUUCAUUUAAAC